ACAGAAAGUACCGGGAAACAGCUCGGCCUCCCCACCGCCAGCCCCGCCCUCCCUCCUGGGGCUACAAACCUCCUCGUGUUGAGUUCAGGUCCCCGCAGCGGCUCCACCUUCCUUGGGGAACUCUUAUCUCUUCCCCCCUCCACGUUCUACUUCUACGAACCUAACCAGCUUCUGGCCAAAGACUUAUUCGUUCAGGAAAAAAUUUCUCACCUUUUAAGUGAGUUUUUUAACUGUAACUUCAGCUAUUUUAAUUUCACUUCACAUCAUUUAGUGUACCGAACUUUGCGACACUCAAGUAUCCGGAAAUGUUUGGUCCGCAAGAGAUGCGGAGUGCCCGAUAUGGUCAAGAUGCAGGAGCUCUGUAGGAGUGCCCAGCGUCGGGUCAUUAAGACGAUCCUCAUGCCAGUGCGCUGGAUUGCAGGAUUGACUGAAAAUCCUGCAGAAAAUCUCAAAGUCGUUCAUCUCGUUCGUGAUCCAAGAGGAACAUUUUUGUCGGCCAGAAAACUCGGAUACGAAACUCCUGAUGUGAAGGGAUGUCAACCCAUCACCGAGGUACGUACUUCAUUUCAUCACAAUAAUAUCAUUAGUAAAAUAUUUCUCGAAAAUUAA